AUGGAAGAAGAAAAGGUUGAAAUGGCGAUGGCAACCAAUUUUGUUACUCUGGGUGAACUCUGGUCCAGCCACGUUGAAAUGGAGGAAGAAGAUGAAGCGAUAUUUUCCAGAAUCAAGGUCUUAAUAGAGAACCAUCUGCCAGACGGCUGGAGAGACUGGAAGGUGAUUGACUGGAAGAAAGAAGAUCUAUUUGGGAAAAAGAUAGACCACAAAGUAUUGAACAAAAUUCGCUUCGCCCUCCCCACAUUGGAACUGGUGAAAGCAUUCUACCCAGAAGCAACAUCGGUGGGAGAGAAAACCUACCGAAAUAUAAAAUUGAGGCUUCUCGACUGGAACCUCUGUAGAGCAUUGAUCAUGAGCCCACGGCAGAGAGCUGACGUCGGAGGCCCUUUCAAUUAUACGUCCCGAAGUAAAAGGAGACGGUGUCAAUCGUCCAGCUCAGACGACGAGUACCCGGUCAGAACCGAGAAACCAAUGAAGAGGAGGCGGCGAGUAUUGUCUUCGAGCGCGGAGGAGGAUGUCAAUGAGACAAGGCUACGCCGCGUGGAAAGCAUGGUCGAGAAUCUUUACCACUUGGUCUCAGGAAAUAAAGAGAACGAUGGCAGCGUCAUGAAUUCGACGUGGCAAGCUCCAACUCCUACAGGUGAAGAGCUGUAUGACGCCGACAGUAUUGGCACAUGUGGCAGCGUAAACGACUGGGACACGUUUUCCCCUGUCACUAGGGAAAUCGAGCCUACAGUCCCUAGGGCGGACCCAGUAAUCGAGACACAGGGCAUGAAAUGCCAGCGUUUCGGGGAAGAGACAUGGAACAAGAUUCGUUACGUGGACGCUCAGAAAAAACUCCACGCAUCACCAGUCUUCAGUACUCUGAAGGUUAACUCAUCCUUGUACAACAAAAGAGCAGCUGAAAGAUGUGGUUAA